AUGGGAAAAAGAGUGCAUGUCCAAUUCACCAAGCUUAAACUCGAUUCUAAAUUUGCCUGGCUACGUGUUUUGGAUGGCGAUGACUGUGCGGCCCCCCAGCUAAAACUGGUAGAAAGCACGGAUGUAUAUAUUCCAUUCAACUGCACUUCUACCAAUGCAGCGAUGACCGUCGUGUUUGCUUCCGCAAUUGGUUCCAAGGUACUGGAAUUGUCAGCAGAAUAUUCGGAGGGUAAGCAUUUCAAAAAGGCGCUGUGUCUGAACCAGAUUCACUUAGUUUUCACAUGGAAAUUUCAUGCCACUUUUGUGCAGCCGUGUGAUAACUUUGAUUGA